AUGCCGGUGAUGAAGGGGCUGCUGGCGCCGCAGAACACCUUCCUGGACACCAUCGCCACCCGCUUCGAUGGCACACACAGCAACUUCAUCCUGGCCAACGCGCAGGUCCGGCGCGGCUUCCCCAUCGUCUACUGCUCCGACGGCUUCUGCGACCUCACCGGCUUUGCCCGCACCGAGGUCAUGCAGAAGAACUGCAGCUGCCGCUUUCUCUACGGGGCUGAGACCAGCGAGCCCGUCCUGCAGCGCAUCGAGAAGGUGCUGGAUGGCAGGCAGGAGUAUCAGACCGAGGUCUGCUUCUACAAGAAGGGUGGAGCUGCGUUCUGGUGCCUGCUGGACAUCAUGCCCAUCAAGAAUGAGAAGGGGGAGGUGGUGCUUUUCCUCUUCUCCUUCAAGGACAUCACGGAGAGCCGGGGCAGGAGCCACCCGGGUGACAAGAAUGAGGAGAAGCAGAGGAGCAAGAAGCCCGGGAGCUCACACCUGCGGGCAGCACGGAGGCAGGGCCGGACGGUGCUGCACCGGCUCAGGAGCCAGUUUGCCCGGAGGGACCGUAGCGAGAUGAAAAUCAACCGUAACGUGUUUGAGAACAAGCCGUCCAUCCCCGAGUACAAAGUGGCCUCGGUGCAGAAGUCCCGCUUCAUCCUGCUCCACUACAGCAUCUUCAAGGCCCUCUGGGACUGGCUGAUCCUCUUGGCCACCUUCUACGUGGCCAUCACUGUCCCCUACAACGUCUGCUUCACGGGCGCAGAGGACAGCCUCUCGGCUGCCCGCAGCACUAUCGUCAGCGACAUCGCUGUGGAGAUGCUUUUCAUCCUGGACAUCAUCCUGAAUUUCCGGACGACGUACGUGAGCCAGUCGGGCCAGGUGGUGUAUGACUCCCGCUCCAUCUGCAUCCAUUACGUGGCCACCUGGUUCUUUGUGGAUCUGAUUGCUGCUCUGCCCUUCGACCUGCUCUACGUCUUCAACGUGACCGUGACCUCGCUGGUUCACCUGCUGAAGACGGUGCGGCUGCUGCGGCUGCUGCGGCUGCUGCAGAAGCUGGACCGCUACUCGCAGUACAGCGCCAUGGUGCUCACCCUCCUCAUGUCCAUGUUCGCGCUGCUGGCCCACUGGAUGGCAUGCAUCUGGUAUGUCAUCGGCCGCAAGGAGAUGGAGAGCAACGACCCCCAGACCUGGGACAUCGGCUGGCUGCACGAACUGGGCAAGAGGCUGGAGGCUCCCUACAUCAACAACUCGGUGGGGGGCCCCUCCAUCCGCAGCGCCUACAUCGCCUCCCUCUACUUCACCCUCAGCAGCCUGACCAGCGUGGGCUUCGGCAACGUCUGCGCCAACACCGACGCUGAGAAGAUCUUCUCCAUCUGCACCAUGCUCAUCGGGGCGCUGAUGCACGCUGUUGUCUUCGGCAACGUCACGGCCAUCAUCCAGCGCAUGUACUCCCGCCGCUCGCUCUACCACACCCGCAUGAAGGACCUCAAGGACUUCAUCCGCGUCCACCGCCUGCCCCAGCAGCUCAAGCAGAGGCUGCUGGAGUACUUCCAGACCACCUGGUCGGUGAACAAUGGCAUCGAUGCUAACGAGCUGCUGCACGACUUCCCCGAUGAGCUGCGCGCGGACGUGGCCAUGCACCUCAACAAGGACAUCCUGCAGCUGUCUGUCUUUGAGACGGCCAGCCGGGGCUGCCUCCGCUCCCUCUCACUCCACAUCAAGACCUCGUUCUGCGCCCCGGGGGAGUACCUGCUGCGCCAGGGCGACGCGCUGCAGGCCAACUACUUCGUCUGCUCCGGCUCCCUCGAGGUGCUGAAGGACAACGUGGUCCUGGCCAUCCUGGGCAAAGGGGAUUUGAUCGGAGCCGACCUGUGCAGCACAGACCAAGUGAUCAAGACCAAUGCGGAUGUGAAGGCGCUGACCUACUGUGACCUGCAGUACAUCGGGCUGCGGGGGCUCUGCGAGGUGCUGCAGCUCUACCCCGAGUACGCCAGCAAGUUCACAGCAGACAUCCACCAGGACCUGACCUUCAACCUGCGGGAGGGCAGCGAGAUGGAGGGGCUCUGCCGCUACUCCCGGUCCCCGCGGCUGUCGCAGGCACCACAGCCUCGUCUGGAGAGUGGUGCCGCCCCAGAGAAGCCCCUUCCCUCCAUCCUGGAGAACGAGGAGGAGCCCGACGAGGUCUUCCAGCACUCACCAGCCACCAUCACCCGCCGUAAGCGGCUGCUGCCCCAGCUGAGCAGCCCAGCACGCCGCGGCUCCCUGAGCAGCCUCCUGGGUGAUGAGCUAUGCCAGAUCUCAGCCCUGCGGCGCAACUGCCGCUCCCCAGCCCGCUGCAGCUGGGGCCGCAGCCCCUCUCCGCAGUGCCGGAGGGACACCCGGCUCCUGGAGCAGGAAGGCAGCGCAGGCAGAAGGCCGGCCAAGCUCCUCAUACCCUCCCUGCAUGCCUACGGCCCCCCAGACCUCAGCCCCAGAGUUGUGGAUGGAAUUGAAGACAAUGGAGGGACGUCAGAGCCACAAACCUUCUGCUUCAACGUUGACUCCCCACUGCAGAGCGCAGCGAGGGACUCCCCCACGUCAGGGACCGAUGCAGGCGGCCCAGCCCUGGCGAUGGAGGCAGAGGAGAUAAAGCAGAACAUCAGGAGACUCAACCAGGAGGUGGGUGCUCGGCUGGGGGCAUUUGUUACAGCUCACUGCUCUCCCUCCCUUUCCAGAUCAACCACCUCAACCAGGAGGUUUCCCACCUCAGCCGGGAGCUGCAGCGCAUGAUGGAGCUGCUCCAGGGUCGCAUGGGAACCCCACAGCCCCCCGCCUGCCCCUACCGCCUGCCCACCGCCGCCUCAAUGCCCCCCCGGCCCUCACCGUCCUCUGCCCCAGUGCCCCCCUCACCCCCACCCGUGCCCCCCAGCUCUCACAGCUCCCCCACCGCCAGCCCCCAGGCCAAACGCUGCCCCAUCCGCAGCCGCUCGGCUCACGCCGCCGGCAGCCCCGCCAUGCACCCCUGGGUGGGUGCCAAGGGGCCAUGCCCGCCGCAGGGGGACACCCCCAGCCCUGACCCCCGCCAGACCACGGACUCGCAGCCCCUCUCGCUGCCGCCCCGCUCUGCCCACUCCUUCCCCGGCUGCUCGGCCGGUGGUCGGCCCCGCACCCACCCGCAGCCCCGCUCCAGCUCCACCAGCUCCCACUGACCCCGCGGGCACCGGGGUGGUGGCGGGGGACCCUCGCCUGCCGCCCCGCUCUGCCUUCCUUGCUACCCGGGACACGCCAGCCCCGGCCAUGUCCCGGUCACCGGCUCCGACUCCGCCAGCCCGAGCCCCCCCGGGAGGCGGCCUCCGGAGCGGGGCGGCAGCGGGGGGCACACCGCACCCACCGCCCCGCUCCCACGGGAGCACCGCAGGGUGCAGCGCUCGCCUCGGCCCGACACCAGCAGGGAUUUUGAUACGAUUUUAUACUCUUCGCCCACGGGGUCUUUUUUAGAACCCGGCCAGGCCCGGCAGCCCCUCCCGGGCCCCCCCGUGCCCGGGGCCGUGGGACGGGCA